UAAAUUCAGUUUAGUCCAAAGACGAAGACUAUCUUCGAGCAUCCGCCGUCCAUAUCGUAGUCGUCAUUACCAUUUCUUGCGCAUCUGAUCGAAGUCUAACUUUCUGUCUGGACAGAAAACUCGAGUGUGAUCGGACAAAGAUUAUUGGCAAAUGUUGCAAACUACUCAAAAAACAGCACAUAAACUGUUCAUGAACAAUUAGAGAUACGAAAAUAGCAAGGUGACUUCGCAGUACACAGAAAAAGCUAAUCUCUGAGAUUGUGUGAUUGAAUUUUUCUUUCUGUCUGGUUGCCUAAGAAAAAAAAGAGCUAAUAUCACAAGUGAUGACAAAGGAGUGAUAGCCUUCAGGGUGAUUGUGCAAGAGGAAGGAAAAAGCAAGUGAAAACUUUUUAAUGAAAAGUGCAGAAUAGAAGAAGAGAAAGAAGCAUGAAGCGAAAGAGAUGCGCAGCAUAGCUACGAAGAAAAAGUAGAACGUAAACAAAAACAUAAAAAUCAUAAAAAAUAACACAAAGAAAGGACUUCAAUUUGGGUGGCUGUGUUGUUUGGGUCUACGGAGAAGUGAGCUGUAACGACCACAAAUAUAACGUUGUACGAUCGAUGGUGUGCGUAUAUUCAACAGCGAGGAUACAGCAGUGACAUCUUGUGAGCAGUGGGUGGUAUUUCGUGUUGCAGGUGGAGUUUUCACGGUGUAGUUAGGACGCUUUUCACCCAGAAGGUUUUGACGUUUCGAUGCACUAACACAUCCGUCACGCAAGGUCGUUCAAUGCUGGAAAACGCCAGUCAGCCAGCCAGCCAGGCAGUACAGAUCGCAGUAACCGUGUCGUUGUCGUCGCCGUCGUCGUCGUCGCAAUUUCUGCCAUCGGAAGCAAAACCAGCCCAGCGUAGUAAUUUUCAAUACACAGCCAGAAGCAACCAGCAGUGAAGCGGAGUAGGAGGAGUGUUCUUCAGUAAGCUUAGGACAGUGCGAGCAGUGGCGAGCAAAUCGCAAUAGAGAAAGUGACGGAUAGAGGAAAAGAGCAGACUGAUCGACUUCGACGGAGCAAUCAAAAGCUGGGAUUACGGACUGGGAUUUCAUCUAAUUUGCUGUUGAGCCUGAAUGUUAAAACGAACUCAAAAUUGCUUACGUUCGGGAGAAGCACGGCUCUUCUGCAAGGUCCUCCUCGUCCUCAGAAGAAGACCUCAAUGAACGACGAGCAACGGUACCGAGCACGAGCAGCAGCACGAGCCACCAUCAUCCCCACCAGAAUCAGCCAAACCAGCGUCCGCAUCGCUCCUCGAAUCACCCGUCCCCGAAGCGUCUGCGCCCCUCAUCCUCGUCCCACCCCUCACCAUCGGCAUCCUCGUCAUCAUCUUCCGCCGCUGUAGAUCAGCAUCGAAGCCAGCCCGGUGAGAGACCAGAUUCGGAGGUGGAUCACAAAGAGGACAAACUGAGCCGGCGGCAGCGACACCGAGAACACCGCGAAGACCAAGACAAAGACAAAUCUCAUCAACAGCGAAGAAAGUCACAGCGCCGUCGAAGGCAAUCUUCCCCUGCAGAGCAAGGUACAAAUAAGCCUUACUUAGGGGACGACAAGGGGGAACGGCUCGAGGACAAAGAGGAGGGAUCCUUUGCUAGUCCGCAGAGCAAACGACAAAGAAUGUUGAACGACAACAAUCUCAACGGGGCAACAUCCUCCGCCUCUCCAAUGGAUUCAACCUCGUACGACAUGAAUGGCCACAACAACAACGGUCAGCAACAGGAUGGUGAGACCAACAACGAAGUUGUUGCCACCAAUGGAGAAUCGUCUGCCCACCGUAAGGUAGUUAAACUUGACAAGACUAACCAGGAGAUUGUUCGAUUGAUCGGACAGCACCUGAAAAACAUUGGACUGGAGAGAAGCGCCGAGGCUUUGAUGCAAGAAUCCGGCUGCUGCUUGGAGCACCCGUCUUCAACGAAAUUCCGAAAGCACGUUAUGUCUGGCGAUUGGACCAAGGCUGAUCACGAUCUCGAAGAACUACAGACUAUGGUCGACCCAAAGACCGACCGCGCCGGGAUGAGCGAGAUGAAGUUUUUGCUGUUGGAGCAAAAGUACUUGGAGUUUCUCGAAGAGGGACGACACCUCGAUGCUUUGCAUGUGCUCCGCAACGAACUGACUCCAUUGCAACACAAUACGCCACGUGUUCAUCAGUUGUCUUCGUUCAUGAUGUGUACCAACGAUCAGGAACUAUACCAACGCGCCAACUGGGACGGUAAGGGCGUAAAGUCCCGCACUCGACUGAUGGAUCGUCUCCAGUCGUACUUACCGGCAACGGUCAUGUUGCCACCUAGACGCCUACGCACUCUGCUAACCCAGUCGGUGGAGAUGCAAACCGAACGCUGCCAAUGUCACGAUAUGGCCUGGAGUACCAACAUCGACAACGUGUCGUUGCUGGCUGACCACAACUGCUCGUCCGAGGGCUUCCCAAUGCAGGCACUGCAAGUACUGAACGACCACUCGGAAGAAGUUUGGUUCUGUAAAUUCUCACCCAAUGGACUUAGGUUGGCUACGGGAUCCAAGGACAAUACAGUUAUUGUUUGGGAAGUGGAUCCAGUCAAGUUGAUCCUGAAGAACAAACGAACUUUUGACGGACACACAUACGGAGUGUCAUUUAUCGCCUGGAGCCCAGAUUCCAAGUACUUUAUAGUAUGCGGUCCGGAAGACUGUCCGGAUCUGUGGAUAUGGGAUGUAGAGCAGGAGAAACUUAUCACAAAAGUGUCACAUUCUACUGAUGAUAGUUUGACAUGUGCCGCGUUCAAUAAGGACGGAACCCGUUUUGUGACUGGGGGUGCACGUGGCCAGUUCUAUUUAGUGGAUCUCGACGGUACGGUGCACGACAAUUGGGAAGGUGUUCGGGUGAAAGGAUUAGCGUUCCGUUCGGAUAACAAAACUAUCUUAGCUGCCGACGCACACUACCGAAUACGGGGCUACAGUUUCGACAAUGCUCGAACUGACUACAAUAUCGUCCAGGAGCAAUGUCCCAUUAUAACGUUCUCGGUCAAUUCGGCCGACCGACUGGCCCUGCUGAACAUUUCUUCACAGGGAGUGCAUUUAUGGGAUCUCCAGGAUAAAUGUUUGGUGCGUCGCUUUCAGGGAGUUACCCAGGGUAGCUAUACCAUCUAUUCCUGCUUCGGAGGCAUCAACGAGAGCUUCGUCGCCAGCGGCAGCGAAGACAGCAAAGUCUACAUCUGGCACAUCCGCCGGGAAGAGCCACUGGCAACGCUGGUGGGUCACACUCGUAGUGUCAAUUGUGUCAGUUGGAACCCCGUGUAUCCGUCCUUGUUGGCAUCGGCAUCGGACGACGGUACAGUACGGAUCUGGGGACCGAAGCAACCCCAGCUGGCCUGGGCCGCCAGCAGUAAUAACGGCGAUAGCACGUCGAUCGCAUCCACCAGUUCCACGGCUUCGUCCUCGUCGGCGUCAUCGUCAGCCUCGUCCGGCACGAAUAACGAUCUUAUAUCUAACUCUUCAUGGAAUAUCACAUAAUAUUAGAUUGUGCAGCACGUCAAUCCCCUCUCCCCCAAAUAGUGAACGUGUUAAGCAUUAUUAUUAUAUUCGGUUCAACAAUAUAUAAGUAAACACUAAAUUUAGCAAAGUAAUUUAGCGGUAAUAUAACGAAGAAGAGAAGUGGAAAAUUUCAAACGAAAAAUAAAAUGAACACAAUAUUGUAAUGUAACAAUAAGAUCAUAAAGGCGGAGACGAAAGUAGGUAAUAUAAAGUCAAACACACUCAUUAUGAACACAAAAGAUUGACAUUGUUAGUCAUUUGCAACAACAAAAAAUGAAAUAUGCUCUAAGAAACAUAAUCGAAUCGCCACGUAGGAACAGAAGAAAGUACAACAGCGGAAUGGAAAAAAAACCAUCACAUACCCCAAAAAUAUUUUCGAUAACGACUAAACAGUAAGUACCCGAGGCAAUACUGCAACAGCUAGAGUCAGAGAUGAUGCAAUGAAGAUGAAGUUAAAGUGUGUUUGAUGUUCAAAUGAUACUCUGUCGUUGAUAAUGCUUUAAACCGACAGAACAAUUGGUGAGAAUCUACAGCACGCGAUUGGUGUGCGUCAGUAAAAGCUUUGUUGAAUUUUGAAUUGAAAAAUUACAUUUUUAGUUGAUUAGUUUUGUUUCCAAGUAAGAAACAACCGCCGAGAAUCAGUUCACGAAGUUUGAAGAAAAAUAAGACAGGAAUAUAUUUUAGCAGUGUCUAGAUCAUCAGCAGAUAAGCCGUCAUAACUACGUUCAGAAUUAUGAGUCAUUGUUGGUUUAAUUUAAAGAGCUUUAUUUUUUUUUGAAAAUUUUUAAUGUUGAUUGUGUGGACUGAUUAAUGCAAUAUCUCCCAAUGUGAAAAGUAGACAAACGGAGAAACAAUGUCGGAGAAAUGGGAUAAUAGAACAUUAAUCCCACGGAAAUCUAUCAAUGCAUAUUCCACAUUUUAAACUCAGAAAAAGAAAAUAUUUAGCAGGCAAAUGAUUAGAGAAAAGCUAACACUUUAUUAUUUGAAAAAUUAGAUUGUUAACUUACACACCUCAAGCAUUAAUGAAAAUAAAAUUAUUGCCGUUCAGAUUAUUUUCAUAUUUACAAAGACACUGACAUAGUAAAUUAAUUAUUUUUGUUGAUCUUGUUUUUAAAUUGUUUUGUCCCGCUUCUAAUUUUUUUUCGAUAAUUUUGAGAUUAUUCUUUGGAAUUAAUUUUCCUUUUGUUGGAAAGAGAAAAGCUAAGAUGGAAAUAAGAUAAAAAAUGAAUAAAAAUGCUUCAUUUUAGUGUAGUGUAAGCAAGUGAUGCCCGAAGAAGCAAGAAAAUCAGUGAUUGAAAUGGAAAGCGAUGAACAACUGGAAAGGGUUAAAGUGAAUUAUGUAUUUUAUUGAAUAAAAUUUUAAGCAAAAUUGAUUUGGGAUUUAACAAUA